GGCAACGUGCAGCCAGUAACGUGUUUAUUGUCCAUUCACGGUGGGUGUUAUAAGCGAAUAUAAUAUACAUUAGAACGGGUUUUGGGCCUAGAGUUGACGUAGUUGUAUGAGGUGACAUGCCACUCAUCGAUGACUCAAAUACUGAUAGUUUCCGUAAAUGAACCAUUUCUACUUAAUAAAAAGUUCAAACGACCGAUGAUGUUAUUCUCUCUCACUUGCUCCUCAAGAGUAUUCCCUAACAAGAAAUUCAUGCAAUGUCUCCAGAUACGUAGGAAUAUUCAAGUAUCGUAGCUACAUGCCGAGGAUAAUCCACCAAAUAGUGGAACGAUUCCGGAACAGCGAAAGAGCGUAAUGAGCAGAAGUCUGAAACAUUGUGUACUUCGCAUGUCUUCAAUCCGUCACUCGGAGAGACUUGUAGCGUUAUGCGAAGCGCAGCGCGAAAACCCCGCGUACAUCACCAACGAGAGCCAGCCUCGGGUCUCGACAAAGCACGUUCAGUUUCGAUGAGAUCCUUGAUGAGCAGUGGGGGUUCCAAGCCCCAUUUCUCUGCCCUCUGCCACCUAAACAGUCUGUCAACCCCGACAAAGGGUCCGUAGGUUGGGUUGAGGUCGAACAAGCGAAGAAUAUCCUCAAUUUGGUCAGAGGACAGCUGUGAAACAUCGACUUUCGCCCGGUCAGCAGAGGCAAUGUCCGGCCACUCUUCUAACUUUGGGGUAGUUGAGGAGUCGUCCGGGUUGGUGGCUGGCUCGGAUUUUGGCUUGGUUGCCACUCUCGGCGCCUGAAAAGGCUUUUCGAUGCGCACAAACUUGUCCAUUGAUAUUGCAGAAUUCUGUUCAGUGGCUUGCGAUAAGACGAGUAAAUGAGCCAAAAGGAGAGACGGCACCCGACAAGGAAGCAAGACAAGAGAGAAUGCCAGGGCGUUGUAUAAAGGAAGUAGUCGGCUAUGCUUGAGUUGAGUACGAGCAUGGAAUGCCUAUAUGGCGCGAAGCAUUGCCACUGGAUGAUUCCGAAACGGUCGCCGAGGACAGCUCAGUGCUGUUUUGAGUGAUAUUAUGUGAAUAUUUUUUCAAUACUUUUCGAGAAAUAGGUUGCACUGCGCUUCGCCUCAGAUUUUUUUUGUGCACCAAUAAGCGCUCGUACUUCAGCGAAACCAGCAAUGCAUGCGUGGCUUGGGCUUGCCGUCAACAGAGCCUGUUGUCCAACCACAACAUUAUCUCCGUCGGCCGUCGGCACUUCGCAGCUUGAAUUCACCUGCGCGCUAUUCGUCCGAGAACAAGGAGGGCAAGACGUGCGAUUCUCCAGUGCAAAAAAAGCGUAUUGCGAAGAUGCCUUCCCAAAAUCAAAUCGAAGAGAUGUUGCUAUCCAGGACGUCUCCGGUUGCGGCGCGGAUGCGCGCUAUCUUCGGGUUGAAAGGACUGGAUAACUCGGCUGCCAUCUCCGCUCUCGAAAAGAGCCUGAAGAACGAUUCCUCGGCCUUGGUACGACAUGAAGUCGCUUAUGUGCUGGGUCAAAAAAAGGCUAUCUCCGCCCUCCCGACGCUGUAUGCGACGUUGGAGGAUAAAGGCGAAGAUGUCAUGGUUCGCCAUGAGGCAGCUGAAGCGAUGGGUGCGAUUGGGGACAGUACAGCAGUACCGAUUCUGGAAAAGUACGCUAAAGGGGACGAUAUUCCACUUGAAAUUCGAGAGACCUGUGUGUUGGCACUCGAAAAGAUACGCUGGAUUGCUAGUGGCGGUGCCGGUGGACCAACAGGCGGCUACAAUUCACUUGAUCCGGCACCCCCAGAGUCUUCAGAGUCAGAUAUAGAGGAGCUGAAGAACACAUUGUGCGACGGGAAACGUGAUAUGUUCAAGAGGUAUAGAGCGAUGUUCACGCUUAGGAACAUUGGUGGGGAAAAGGCGACGCUUGCACUCUGCGAGGGCAUGGAGCGGGAAAGGGGAAGCGCUUUGUUUAGACAUGAAGUGGCAUAUGUUUUGGGGCAACUGCAACGCGAGGAAGCUGUGCCGACGUUGAUCAAAUUUUUGAAGGAUGACAAGGAGGCCGAUAUGGUUCGACAUGAGGCUGCAGAGGCGCUCGGCGCCAUCGGAAGUAAAGAAGCAGAGGCUGAGCUUGAGUUAUUCAAGAAAGACAAGGCGGACGUGGUAAGAGAAAGCGUUGAGGUUGCGCUUGACAUCUCGGAAUAUGUUACAUCUGGGGAAUUGCACUACGCCGAGACAAUCGAUGCAACCAAGGCUUCCAAUGCUUAGACAAGGCUUGUGUGAACGCAAACUGAUAUCGAAGUUGUUCUCAUGGACGUGCAGGGCGCCGGUAUCCGUCUCGCUGAUGACAUCCACUUGGACGCCAUCAUCAUUGCGGGCAGCUAGAGCACUAUCAUGUACGCGCUCGUCCUAGAGACAUGUCGCAUGACAUGACGCAGGGAGUGAAGGACCUUGGGAAGGCCGUCGUGAGGGAGGGCUUGCCUUUGCACGGUACUCGCGAAGGCUGCGUCAUGCUAGACAUGAACAUGCAACGGCGAUUGGAGCAGCCGAAGUAAUGCCUAACAAACCCCCCGAGAAGCACUUGCGUGGGGGUAUUCGGUAUCAAUGGACAAGGUAAAGCAUGUUGUCCAUUGA